UGACUUCACUUCCGCAACCCGUGACCAUGCCACGGUCGUUCAAAAACGCCACUGUGUACCCGGGGAAGUGGCUACUGUAGCUGACCCUGCCCAAGUAAAUUGGCGUUGCGAUCGAAGUUGCGGCGGUUGAACUCUUCCGCUUGACACGGGACGGCAGAGGCCGCGGUGAAGAGCCGUCAUGUCUCUGCUCGGAGCUGGAAGCAAACUGCCGCUGCUGCCGCUGCUGCCUCUGCUGCUGCUGCUGUUUGGUCAAUCACUCAGUGCACCUCGUUCGUUCAGCCUGGACUACAAGGGCGACUGCUUUCGGAAAGAUGGGGAAGAGUUUCGUUACAUAUCGGGAAGCAUCCAUUACAGCAGGAUCCCCAGAGUCUACUGGAAAGAUCGGCUGCUCAAGAUGUACAUGGCAGGACUGAAUGCCAUCCAGACGUACAUUCCCUGGAACUACCACGAGGAGUCUCAGGGUUACUACAAUUUUAUUGGAGACAGGGAUGUGAAAUAUUUCCUUGAGCUGGCCCAGGACAUUGGUUUACUGGUCAUCCUUCGACCGGGACCAUACAUAUGUGCAGAGUGGGACAUGGGGGGGCUGCCCGCCUGGCUUCUCAAGGAGAAGAACAUCGUGCUGCGGUCUUCAGAUCCAGAUUACAUCGCAGCUGUAGACACGUGGAUGGGGAAGUUACUGCCUAUGAUAAAGCCCUAUCUGUAUCAGAACGGUGGUCCUAUCAUCACCGUACAGGUGGAGAACGAAUAUGGCAGUUACUUUGCUUGUGACUUCAACUACCUGCGUCACCUGACCAAGCUAUUCCGGUCGCACCUAGGCGAGGAGGUGGUGCUCUUCACCACAGAUGGCGCUGGGCUCAACUAUCUUAGGUGUGGCUCAAUACAAAAUCUCUACGCCACUGUUGACUUUGGGCCUGGUGCAAAUGUAACCGCUGCCUUUAAUGCCCAGAGGCACGCUGAACCUCGAGGACCUUUGGUGAACUCUGAAUUUUACACCGGCUGGCUGGACCAUUGGGGAUCGCCUCACUCCAGUGUGUCGUCCACCGUAGUGGCCAAGUCCCUGAACGAGAUCCUGGUGACUGGAGCAAACGUCAACCUGUACAUGUUCAUAGGAGGAACAAACUUUGGAUACUGGAACGGUGCCAAUGCACUGUAUAGUCCGCAGCCCACGAGCUACGACUACGACGCCCCGCUCACAGAAGCAGGAGACCUCACAGAGAAGUACUUUGUCAUCCGAGAUGUGAUCAAAAUGUACCAUAAGAUACCGGAGGGACCAGUCCCGCCAACAACUCCAAAGUAUGCGUAUGGGGCUGUUGAGAUGAAAAAGCUCCAGACGAUAUCAGACGCCUUAGAAGAACUGUCUUUCUCUGGCCCGGUCAAAAGCAUGUAUCCUCAGACUUUCACUGAACUCAAUCAGAUGGUUGGUUAUGUGCUCUAUAGGACUAUUCUACCUUUUACCUGCAGCACACCAACUCCACUGUCAUCCCAACUGGACGGAGUCCACGACAGAGCGUAUGUGUCCGUGGAAGGGGUGGCUGUAGGGAUUCUUGAAAGGAACAAAGCCUUAACUUUAAAUGUGACCGGGAAGGCGGGCAGUCAGGUGGACAUACUGGUGGAGAACAUGGGCCGAAUCAACUAUGGAAAAGACAUCAACGACUUCAAGGGUUUGGUGUCCAACAUGACUUUGGGGGCGAACACGCUCACUGGCUGGACCAUGUAUAGUCUCAGUAUUGAUAAGGCAGUCAGCCAGGGCAUCCUCUGGGAAAGAGAGCGCACAUCCACAGACCCUCCUCACCCUGCUCCCCUCUCCCCUCCAGUCUUCUAUUGGGGGACCUUCAGCAUCCCUGAUGGCAUCCCAGACCUCCCUCAGGACACCUACAUCAAACUGCCCAAAUGGAGGAAGGGCCAGGUCUGGAUUAAUGGCUUCAAUUUGGGACGUUACUGGCCCGCGCGAGGCCCUCAGGUGACGCUUUUUGUUCCUGCCAACAUCCUCAGCACAGUUGCACUCAACAAUGUGACUGUCCUGGAGCUGGAAAAGGCUCCCUGCGGCUCGGGGCCGUGCACUGUGGAGUUCACUAACACCCCCAUCCUGAACGCAACAGUCCCCUCUGGCUACAAACAGCGCUGGGGACUGUUUGCUAAAGAGGACUUGUUGUGAUGAUGAGGGAACUCGCUACUGUACAAAAUGAAUCAAUUUGCACUGCUUGCUGAUGUACAGUGCCAAAUCGGCACUUGUAGUGUGAGGUGGAUAUAUGUUUGAUUU